UUCACCACAGCCAGAUGUGUGCGUGACCAUCAUUGGGACUUUAACGUGCCGUGAGUGUGUUACUUACUGAAGACGUUUUGUCAGUCCACUCAAACUUGUUUGAUGUUUUAUGCAGUCCCAGCCAAGAAUUGUAGCCUGUGUGAGCUUGCAGAGGGAGAACUCAGCUUUAAUGCAAGAAGAGCACCCAAAACGUCAUGGUGGCCCUUGGUGCUCACCCAGCAUCCAUUUGCCGUCUUCAUGCGAGUGGACGCUUGCCAGGUGACCUCCCCGUGCGACGCAGUCAUCCUCAGCUGCCUGCCAAGACUUAUGGGCCUCCAAGAAGUAGCGGUAGCAAAAAGGGCCGUAGAGCAAGUAGCCGGGGUCGCAGGCGGAAGCUGAAGGCUCAAAGUAAGAUUGAGGAGAAACCUGUGACGGGGCGGCCAAGGUGCAGAAAGAAGCCACUCACUUUGCACCGGAGAGAGAGCCAAACGGUCAGCCUUCUUGGAGCACGGUUGUAAUCUUGAGAAGUGCCUUGCGGAGAUCAAGCAAUGGAUGUCUCUCAACUUCCUUCGUCUUAACCCAGGUAAAACUGAGAUGUUGAUAAUUGGUCCAACUCGUUAUCAACACUUAUUCAAGGAAACCGCUAUACCUAUAGAUAACCGUACUAUCACUCAAAGCGAUACUGUAACUAAUCUCGGGGUAAUAUUUGACCAAACUCUCUCCUUUCAAAAGCACAUUAAGAAUAUAACCAGAAUUGCGUUUUUUCGCCUUCGUAAUAUUGCAAAGAUUCGUCCGAUCCUCUCGACUGGUGAUGCGGAAACUAUCAUACAUGCGUUCGUCACGUCGCGCCUGGACUACUGUAAUGUACUCUUUUCGGGUCUUCCUAAGUCCCGCAUCAAAAGUCUACAGUUAGUACAAAAUGCCGCUGCAAGGCUGCUGUCUCGGACAAGAAAAUUUGAUCACAUUACCCCAAUACUAGCCAACUUACAUUGGCUCCCGGUCCAUUUAAGAUGUGACUUCAAGGUUCUUCUAUUAACCUAUAAAUCGCUGCAUGGCUUAGCGCCUUCAUAUCUCGUCGACCUAGUUGUUCCUUAUGUUCCGUCUCGUAACCUUCGUUCGCAAAACGCUACCCUUUUAGCGACACCGAGGGCCAAGAAAAUGUCUGCAGGCUCUAGAGCAUUCUCUAUUCGGGCUCCAGAGCUUUGGAAUGCCCUACCAAUGGAUAUCAGGACUGCUACCUCAGUAGAAACAUUUAAGACACGUUUAAAGACACAUUUCUAUGACAUGGCCUUUAACUAACCUGUAGUGGCCGAUUCGGCUGGAGUUUGUUUUCUCUCCCCCUCCACCCCCUCCCUCCCCCCUCCCUCCCCCCUCCCCGGCCGGGGAGGUGGUUAGGUGGCACCCAUGCUGACAGCGGCUAUCUGGAUUCUCGUGGGCCAAUUCAGGAUGGGGGAACUGCAACUCAACCUCCUCGAAGACACUGCCAGGACAAUUGAGGGCUCCUUCGGCAGCCCUCUGCUAUGACAUGGACAUCCACUUUUUAUUUAAUUGAUUUUCAUGUUGUAUCAUUUGUGCCCUCUCUGCAUCCAUUUCAACCUGGUGAUCCUGAAAGGGGGAUCCUUCCAUCUGUGGUCCCUUCUCAAGGUUUCUUAUUUUCCCCUGCUAGGGGUUUUUAAGUUUUUCCUUGCCCUUUUGGGAGCUUAAGAUCAGGGGAUGCUUUGAGAAUAAUUGUCAAUUUCUGUCUAUGUGAAGCCCUUUGAGACUGCUUGUGAUUUAGGGCUAUACAAAUAAACUUGACUUGACUUGACUUGACGGUUGUCCGUCCGGGCAGCCUGCGUGCGGAAAGACAACGUGACGGGCGGCGCUCCUCUCCUCAACAUGACGGACGACGAGCGGCUUACCGUCGGGCGAGCGUUUGCAUAUUUGCUGUAGAUCAGCGGCGUGUUGUCGGACCAUUUCGGCCCCUUGCCUGACAUUCGAUGACACAACUUAUGGCCGCAUUCCUGCGGAGGAGACCAAUCACGGUUGUCAACCCAGGACAGACCCUCCUUGCAUUUAAACUCACCAGGUUGGAGAGCCCGAUCCAGAACGGGUCCACCCCCAUCACCACCGGACACUUUUUGUUUCCAUGCUCGUUCUCAUUUGCGCUCCCUUGCAGCCAAGUCCACCAGUCCUCCUCCGCCGCUCCCAGCCUGGAGCCACAAAUGCGGCUGGGAGUGGCUGGACAACCCCGCCAACGACUUCUGCUACCUGAUGAGAGGGAACCAGCUCAAAAGCUGGAAGGAGGCGCGCGACGACUGCAACCGCCACGAUGCCCAUCUGCUCAGUAUCACGGACUCUCACGAGCAGGCCUUUGUGCACGGUCACAGCAAGGCCGUGCUCACCACUCCCUCGCUGUGGCUGGACGCCGACGCCCCCUUCGCCGAGAGCGGCGGCCGGUGGGCCGACGGCUCCCCGUUCAGCUACGUCCACCUGCGCGCCGGUCACCAUGGCGACAAAGUUGGGGGACGCUGCCUUUCCUUUCUCAUUGACGACGGCGACUGGAAAUUUGACGUGUGCGAGAUCAAGAGAGGCUACAUCUGCAAGAGAAGAGCGGCGACAGCGCAACAAGCUCCGCUGCCUCACGCCGGUUUCCUCAAGCAAGAGAUAUGCGAGAACGCCGACAACCGAGCCAUUUGCCCCGAGGACAGAGUCAUGCGCAUCCAGUCGGCCUUCUACGGACGGAGGAGCAGCAACGUCUGCUCGGCCCAACGCGGCUCAGACGCCAAAUGUACGGUGGAAGGUGCCCUCCUUCACUACAGGAAAGAGUGCGACAACUGCCACCAGUGCCUCGUCAAGCCCAUGAAGGAGGACCCCUGCCCCGAGGUCUCCAAAUACCUCCAGAUGGUCUACACCUGCGUAACGGACGAGUGUUUUGACAGUUUAGGCAACACCCAAGGCAGCCUGAAAAAGUUGAAGCUGAGAGCCUCCUCCUCAUUGAGCGGCUUCGGCCCCGACAAGGCUUGCCUCAAUGGGAAAAGCUGCUGGAAACCGUUGAAGCCUAUAGACAGCUGGAUCGAGGUGGACUUAGGCGAGAUGAAAAAAGUGACCGGGAUGGAGAUCCAGAUGUGUCCUUGGGCCUCCUCCAGGCACUGGUCCAGGUUUAAGAUGACCCAUAGUUUGGACGGACAGGACUGGACCGACCACUCCCAGAUGCUUUCCCCCAGAGCGACUCAGACCCUGAUGGAGCCCAUGCUAGCCCAGUUCAUCCGCAUCCUGCCACUGGAUCACCUAUGGAUGGUCGGCCUCCGCUUUGACGUCUUGGGAUGCGCGCUUGACAAUGUGAUCAGCUGCGACGAGCAGUUCGUCAACGUCGCCUUGGACAAGCUGCCCACUACGGUCUUCUGUCCGCCGGGUUGCGCCAAGUUGGACCAGCAAGUCUACGGCACGUGGGGCUACAAAGAGGAGUCUCACAUCUGCGCCGCCGCCAUCCACGCCGGCGUCAUCGCUGACAAGACUGGAGGAAAGUGCACCUUGCUGAAAGCGCCGCCGCAGAAGAGCUUCCAAGCAUCCCAACAGAACGGAAUCCUCUCCAAACAAUUGAACCAAGAGGGCCCUUUGGCUUUCACGUUUGCCGACGGAGGUGAGUCGCCGAAGCGCCGUGGCGUCAAACUUGUGCGUGACACCUGCCGAUGGGCAGAGAUGAGAUGCUUGGGACCUGAGUGGGAGGAGUUUGCCGGCUUCUGCUACAAGAUUUUUGAGGACAAGAAGACCUGGGCCGAGGCUCAGCACGCCUGCGGGACUUUUGGCGCCCAGCUGGUGUCCGUGGGUUCCCUAGUGGAGCAGGAGUGGCUGAAGACGACUUUGUACUUUGAUGACGGCGACACGUGGACCGGACUCAAUGACCUGGCUGUUCCCGGCAUGUUCGUGUGGUCAGACCGCCGCCCUGUGACCUUGACCUUCUGGGCUGCCGGAGAGCCCAACAACGAGCUCCCCUUGGACGACAACUGCGUGGCGGCGGCUUUCCAGACGGGGCGCUGGAUGCGGAUGUUGUGCACGCAGCUCAAUCGCUUCGUGUGCAAGAUGCCCAAAGCGCAUUACACCAUCGCCGCUGGAGAGCCCGAGACGGAAAGCGGCGAUUCCAAGGCCUUGUCCAUGGUGUCGACUGGAACUUGCCAAGACCUUGUCCUGGAAAUGAUGAAAGGUCUUCAGGUGGGAAGUACCAUCACCAUCAAAGGGCAGGGCAACGAAAAGACCAAGAGCUUCCAAGCCAGCUUGUUCAACGCCGACAACCAAACCAUCCUGCAGCUCAAGCUGGACGCCGAGACCCAAACCGUCGUGCUGAGCUCCCAACUGGACAGCGACCCGGACCAGCAGCAGCUAAACCAGCUGCAUAUUGCACGUAUCCCCCUGCAACGUGGCGAGGACUUCAAGAUCGUCAUCAGCUGCGCCCAGCACGUCUUCCGCGUUUUGGCCGGGGGCCACCGGCUGCACUACGCCUACCAGGGCCACCUCCGACUGGCAGACAUCACGCUGCUGCGACUGCAUGGCGACGUGUCGCUGAAGGUCGUCCGCCUGGCGACGGCGCCGCCCACCUGAGCCGCAAAAACUACGACAACACGACAGCGGCGGUCUCGUACCGUGCGCUGCCCGAUAAGCUAAGUUUGUGCAUGUUUUCUUGACACCUCAAAGCACUUACUGAGCUUCAGGAGAGUGAGGAGGGGAAAAAAAAAAAAAAUUACAGCAGCUAUCCAGUUAACCAACUGCAAAAAAAUUUAGAAAAAAAAAUGCUAUUCCUUUUGUGUUAUACAAUAUCUAUAUAUGUAUCUAUGUAUCUAUCCACCAAUUUUGAAUUCCACCUUUUGAAUUAUAAUUAUAUAUCUGUAUAUAAAGUAAAUAUCUAUCCACUGCCACCGUCUGGGGCUUAUGGCUCCUAAAAAAAUGUUUUUGAGUGCCCUGUUUUGAAUUCUACAUUUUGAAUUACAAUUAUCUAUCAAAGUAUCUAUCUAUAUAUCCGCCGCCGCCGCCGUCUGGGGCUUAUGGCCCCUAAAAAAAAAGAAAAAAAAAUGUUUUUGAGUGUCUUCUAUUUGGCUUUGAACCUAAGCAGUGUUUGUCCCUUUGUUUGACCCUUGACCUUUGUUUCCCAUGAUGUACUCCAAUGUUAUGAUUAUAAGUGUGUGCAAUAAAAUUACAAAGACAAA